UAUUAUUUAUUUUCAUUCAAGAGAAAUAGAAAACAGACUUAACUAAUUGAAAAUUACUAAAUUUAUUAUUAGAACAUAGAAAGUCUUGUUUUCAAAGAGGGAGGUAGCAAGCCCAUGAUUCCUUAUUCCUGAAAUUGGUUCCUGGUUUUUUGCUGUCUUCUCUGCAAUAAGAAGAUGAGGUGCCUAAACAUGACUAGAGUAUGUUCUUUUAUUAAUUCCAUUCCUCCCUCUUCUAUAUUUGCAUUUUAUUCUUGUUUCUAAGCUCUUCUAUUAUUAAUUUAGUAUCUUUUACUUGUUUUCAAGCUUAACUAGCAUGGUGAUCAACUCUUACAUCUGAUUUUGUUAACUGGUAUCAGUGAAAUUGUACUUUUUUGAUUCAUUGACUGGUUUUUUAUUUAUUUUUUAUUCGGUGAUCUUUCUAUUGCUGAAAUGGUUGUGGAAGAAAAUUAGAUAAAUGUAUAAUUUUCAUUGUUUAGCUUAAAGAAAAUAAAGGAAAAGAAAGGUUUAAUGAUCCAUUUUAAUCAGUUGUUGAGACAAACUGGGGUUUUACUCUCAUUAGUUUACCCAGUAGAUUAAAAAAUUAGUGAUGAUAAUUCAGAGAUUUUUUUUAAUUUAAUUUUUUUUUUUACUUUAUGUUGGAAAAUUGCACUAUAUUAAAAAUUAGAAUACAUCUAAUAUAAGCGGGACCUUAUCUAAAAUGAGAUGUACAUUAUCAAUUCCACACUAAUACGAUAGUCAUGCAUACGCUUUUGAUGUUUCCUAUAUACUCUAUUUCAGGCAAGGAUAUGACAAAUGAAAGAAGCUGCAAUGAAUGCUAAUAAAGAUGCUACAAAGAAUGUUGAUGCCAUGGGCCACAAUGGCUCUUGUAACUUUAAUUUCAUGUUUUUCAACAAAUAAAGCAACUGCUAGUCUAGCGAUUGCAAAACCUAACUGCCCCAAUAUAUGUGGGAAUGUGAGUGUUCCUUACCCUUUCGGGAUUGGUGAUCCAAAUUGUGCAUUUAGCUCCGACUUUUUACUCCACUGCAACAAUACUAGUGGUUUUGCAUAUCUAUAUCUGGGUAAUAUACCCAUUCUCAAAUUCUUUCAAGAUGAAGCUGCAAUGAUCAUUAGUGUAGAAUCAGGAUAUGACUGUUAUAGCUAUGGCGAGCUGGUUUCUUCCCAUGGUAACAUUAUCACAUUAGGGUCACACAACCUCUUCACGUUUUCAUACACACGAAACAAGCUUGUGGGUCUUGGUUGUGAUACUUUAGCUCUUAUUUCAGAGUUAAAUAGUGAUCGUGCUACUAGAAUCAGUUGUACCUCAUUUUGUGAUGGAGCAAUGAACACAGCGAAGGAUGUUAAUUCUUGCUCUGGAGUUGGAUGUUGCCAAACCUCAAUUCCAGAUGGACUUCAAAGUUUUGAAAUCGGAAUUGGGAGUAUGUCAAAUUAUAGUAAGAAGUUGAGCAGCAUUUGCAACUAUGCCUUGUUGAUUGAUCACCUAGAUCCAAGUUUGGGUAGCAUUUUAAAAACCAAUCUCAAUCAUCACCCAGCAAACACUACCAUCAAAACGCAUGUAGUGGUUGACUGGGUCAUAGACAACAAGACAUGUGUAGCUGCUAGUACAGAGUCAUCUCUCUAUGCUUGUGGCCUUAACACUUUAUGCAUUGACUAUAACUCUGGAUAUCGUUGCGUAUGCAAAGAAGGGUUCCAAGGGAACCCUUAUCUUCAAGGGUGUGAAGAUAUUAAUGAGUGUCUUUCUCCGCAAAUUUAUCCAUGUGAUGGGUCUUGUACCAACACAGAGGGAAAUUACGCUUGUCGUUGCCCACCAUUCAUGCACGGAGAUGGUAAACUGAGUUGCAAAGGAAUUCGCAUAGCCACCCUGGCUGCUGGUAUAAGCUCAGGCUUUGGAUUGAUAUUGUUAUUUGUUGCAUUCUACGUUCUGCACAAAUAUAUGAGGAAAAAGCGUCAAAUUAGAUGUAGAAAGAUAAUUUUUAAGAAAAAUGGUGGCUUGCUAUUAGAACAGCAAAUCUCUUCAAGUAAUGAAGGGAAACUUGACAGGGCAAGGAUUUUCACUGCAGAAGAAUUGGAGAAAGCCACCGACUCAUACAAUGAGAACCGAAUUCUAGGGCGAGGAGGACAGGGCACUGUUUACAAAGGAAUGCUAACAGAUGGAACUGUUGUAGCUGUGAAAAAAUCAGGAAAGAUGGAUCAAGAUCAAAGCCAAACUGUGCACUUCAUAAAUGAACUUGUGAUUCUUUCUCAGAUUAAUCACAAGCAUGUGGUCAAACUAUUAGGCUGUUGUUUAGAAACCCAAGUUCCUCUUAUAGUAUAUGAAUUUAUUUCCAACGGCACACUAUGGAGUCACCUCCAUGAUCAUUCAGAGGAAGAAUUUCUUCCUCUUCGAUGGUCUGAUCGCUUAAGGAUUGCUAGAGAAGUUGCUAUGGCGUUAGCCUACAUGCAUUCUUCUGCUUCUAUACCAAUUUAUCAUCGAGAUAUCAAGUCUAGCAACAUUCUAUUGGAUGAAAAACUUAGAGCAAAGGUAUCAGAUUUUGGGAUUUCAAGAUCAGUUCCAGGUGAAAAGACUCACUUGACCACUUUAGUUCAAGGUACCUUUGGAUACUUGGAUCCUGAAUAUUUUCAAUCAAACCAGUAUACAGACAAAAGUGAUGUGUAUAGUUAUGGGGUAGUUCUUGUUGAGCUUCUGACGAGGCAAAAGCCAAUUCCCAGUACUAUUAUAGAAGGAGAGAGGGGUUUAGCUGCUGAGUUCAUGUCAGCUAUAGAAGAGAAUCGUCUCUAUGAUGUUGUUGACCCUCAAGUUUUGGCUGAGGGAGAAGAAAGGGAGUUGAUUGUAGUUGCCAACCUUGCAAAAGAAUGCUUAAGAUUAAAUGGGAAGAGACGACCAACAAUGCCAGAUGUUGUAUUGGAGUUGGAGAAUUUGGAAAGAUCUCAAAACCAUCUACCUCCUAAGCACAACAGUUUUUGGAAUGAGGAUUACAUAGAAACAUCAAGAAAAUGGGAUGCUAAUUCAACACAAAAUGAAAUUAGAGGAUUCAUGAUGAUGAGCAGAAAAGAAUUAGAUCAAUUACCAUUACUUGAGGAUGAUGAUGAUGAUGUCUCCAAUGAGUCCUAUCAGCAUAUUACUACAUAAAUUGGAUUGUUGUUAGAAGAUUGAUAAUCUUUUCAUCCUUAAUUAAGAGGAACUUAUGUGUAGUGCCAUAAUUGGAUUAGAUGAUUGAUAAUCUAAUACCUCAAUACUAGAAUUAAUCUUGACUUUGACCAUCUUA